AUGCUGGAUGCCUUUACGCGAUAUUCACGUCCAAAAUUGAUUAGGCGGGAUUCAGGCUCAUCAACUCAUGGCGACGGGACUGCCAAGGCACAACUGAGUCGACGAAUCAGCUCCGAUCAACCACGGAGGGCGACAGAAGGCCCUGAUCCUAGCCUGGCUGCCAGCAGCAGCGCUGGGAGCUUAUCCAAUCGUAGCAAAGACGGUCAGCGGGAUGGCCAUUCCUUAAAGCAGACAUUGGCCAAGCUUCGUCACCAGCGACUGCGCCCUUUGAGCCUGUUUACCGCCAAUCCAAAGAUCAUACGGACCCACCGACCCUCCCGUUCUCGCGAGUCGAUAGAAUCAACCGAUUCUGAUCAGUCUCAUGCAGGCGCCGCGGGACGUCCCCAAUCAAGUAGCACGCACAGCUCACACGUCAUUCCUAGAGCUGUACUCGAACAUGGCGGCGACUACGUCAUGGUCCAUUCUGAAUAUGUGCAAGACCUUCCAGAUUUCUUGCCACCACCCAACUCGAUGCCUGAGAUUUCUUCGUCUGGCGUGUGCCUGAAAGACGAUAAGAAAACAUGGAGUUACAAUCUCGGAGGUCUAACGCGUGAGAUACGAUCAUCGGAGAGGUUAGUGGUCGAGGAAGGAAGCGACAGUUCGUUGGACGAUGAGAUGCUCGAUACGCUUUGUACCCUUCGCUAUACGAUCAAGCAGAUGAAAGAACAUCAAAGACAACCCCCACAAUUAACCGCCCUCGUCAAAUGCGACUCUUUACCAACGUUCGGCUUGGCCUCAUCCGAACACAACGGUUUAUCGAGGACUUUUUCAGUACCUUCCCGGUUCGUUGAGGAUGAGACAAGACCUUUCGGUCCACUGAACGGCUUCAGUUUGCAAUCUUGUCUGGUCGCUCCUGCACAUCGUUCCGCCCAGCUUUCAGUGAUGGACUCAGAUACUCACUGCUCCCGAGUACACAGCUUUAGUGUACCGAAUCCAGGAAGUAUGGAAACCGAAGACGAGGCCGACGACACCUCGUCAUUUUGCACGUUAUCGGAAGAAGAACCGGACUAUCAAUCUUGUCCAUACGUUCUCCCCAUCUGGCCAAAUCUAUCAUCUGAAUUACACCCCUCUUUCGAUUGA